UACAAGUUAGCAACUUUUCACGUAAAAAUGAGGAAAAACCGAUUUUUCUUGAAAAACUAAAGCUGCUAGAGAAGAUCAAAAACUGGAUUUUGAAAUGAAUCGAGGCAACCCCCUAGUUCGUAUUCAGAAGUAGAAAAGAGUUUGAUCAAAGGUGAAGAGUAUCUGAAUCUUUCUCGUCAAUCUUUUUCUUCCACAGACUCGCAAGUUCAAAGUCAGUCUUUGUACGAGAAAGUUUCAUAUUUUUCAAGCCUUUUUAACAACUAAUAAUCCCAAUCAAAUCAACCCCAAUUCAGAUUCAUACUUAUGCAAAGCAAUAGCAUUAAACUCGUGAAGAACAAAGAUCAUUGGAAAAGGCUGAGAAUUAUGUAAUGGAUUCGAUGAAGAGUGAAAUAUAACAUUUUACUAUUUUAGCAAGUCGUGAGUUGACUCAGAUCCGAGCCUGAGUAGACGCGAAUGAAAAACCCAAUAUGGGCUUAUGAAUAGUGGCAGAGCUAAUGAGGUAGAUUAAGCUCUCUCGCAGUCGCAGAUUUGAACCAACAAUUUCUUAAAUAUUCAUCUCUCCGAUUCAUAUCCAACAGAUUCAAAAUCUUCAACAUAACAUAUAUAUAGGUAUGUGUGUGUAUAUUAUAUACUUAUAUACAAAUAGGAAUGGCAAACGCAGUCUGCGAUUAUCGGUUCCUUCUCCUCGUUGCAGCCGUGGCAUUCAUCUACAUCCAGGUGCGGCUGUUCGCUACCCAAUCGGAAUAUGCUGAUCGCCUUGCUGCCGUGGUUGAAUCAGAGAGUGACUGUACGAGUCAAAUGCGAUCACUAAUUGAUCAAAUAAGCAUGCAACAAGGAAGAAUUACUGCUACUAUUUCAGAGGAAAGGAAACGCCAAGAACAAGAGUGUGGACAACUGAAGGUCCUUGUUAAAGAACUUGAAAGGAAAGGCCUGCAGGAAUUUACUGAUAAAGUACAGGUGCCAGUGGCAGCAGUUGUUAUUAUGGCAUGCAAUCGGGCUGAUUAUCUAGAGAGGACAAUUAAGUCUAUCUUAAAAUAUCAAAGUUCUGUUGCUUUGAAGUUUCCUCUUUUUGUAUCCCAGGAUGGAUCGGCUCCUGAUGUUAAAAGUAAGGCUUUGAGUUAUGAUCAGCUAACAUAUAUGCAGCACUUGGAUUAUAAACCAGUGCAAACUGUACGUCAUGGAGAGUUGGUUGCAUACUACAAAAUUGCCCGUCAUUACAAAUGGGCAUUGGAUGAAUUAUUCUACAAGCAUAACUGCAGCCGUGUAAUCAUACUUGAAGAUGAUAUGGAAAUUUCCCCCGACUUUUUUGAUUACUUUGAGGCUACAGCAGCUCUCCUUGACAAGGAUAAGUCCAUUAUGGCUGUUUCCUCUUGGAAUGACAAUGGACAAAAACAGUUCGUGCAUGAUCCUUAUGCACUCUAUCGUUCGGAUUUCUUUCCUGGACUUGGGUGGAUGCUGGCUAGAUCUACAUGGGAUGAGCUAUCUCCAAAAUGGCCAAGUGCUUAUUGGGAUGAUUGGUUGAGGUUGAAAGAGAAUCACAAAGGUCGACAAUUUAUCCGUCCAGAAGUUUGCAGAGCAUAUGGUUCUAGUAUGGGGCAGUUCUUUAAAAAUUAUCUUGAGCCGAUUGAGAUGAAUGAUGCCCAGUUUGAUUGGAAGUCAAUGGAUUUGAGCUACCUGAAGGAGGACAAGUUUAUGAAGCACUUCGCCCACACUGUGAAAAAUGCUAAACCUAUCCAAGGAAUUGAUGUUGUUCUAAAGGCAUAUAAUAUAGAUAGUGAUGUACGCAUUCAGUAUAGAGACCAACCCGAUUUUGAACGCAUCGCACGCCAGUUUGGAAUUUUUGAAGAGUGGAAGGUAUAAUUCCUCACAGUUAUUUUUUCCUUACCUUUCAUUAACAUUUACAGUAAUAUAAGGAAUAAAUUUUUUUAAUCUAUACGAAUUUGGAGGAUGAUAUUUGGAUAGCUCGUAUUUCUUUAGCACUUUUGAUAGAAGUAUAACAGUGAUCAUGUCGUUAA